UACAGUAUACAAUACUGGUAUAUACAAUGUUGCCAAACCGAACAGUAUUUUGGUCCGCAUUCAACAUUCCGCUGUUCGACCUAUAGAGAAACAGUACUGUGGAUUGUUUGUCAAUAUCUUGGAGUUAGUUGAUUUUUACCAAUAUUUAUAUGUAAAACAAUUGUUUUACAAUGACACAAAAAAUCAAAAAAAUAUCCUGAUUAUAAACGUGUCAGAGUGUUUUGUGUAUAUAUAAAAAACGUACUGAUAAAAUAAUACUGACAAAAAGAACAUCAUAUAUGUAGUAUAAUGCUACUUUUAUAUGCAAGUGAGGAAUUCCAUCUGUUUCGUUAGAAAAAAGAUUGUUUGAAAAUUUUAUAUUAUAAAAAAUAUUUAGACUUUUCAUAAUUAAGAUUUUAUUAAUUAUACAUUAUUAUGGAUAUUUAAUACAAAUACCUGUUUCAUAAGUGAAAAAGUAAAAAUUUGUAAUAUAAUAACAAAAAAAGACGGAUAACCCUUAUUAUAUAAAAAGUUCCAUAAAUUGGUACUUAUCGAUACAUUUUUGAAGAUGUACCUCAGGAUGUCACAACAAAGAGAUAUAGAUGGUUUAUAUAGUAAAAAUGAAUACAUCCGACAAUUGUGUAUCUUGUUUAGUUGAUGCACAGAAUAUUCUCUUAGGCAAUUGUCUAUUUUCUUUAUUGCAUAUCUUUAUUCUUGCUCUUUUGGAGCAAUCUCAUUGUCAUAAAGUAUCCAGUGUUCAUAAAAUCACUUUUAAUGAGGCUGAAAGCACGUAUAGGAAGGCAAACUCUCUUUUGAGAAGUUACAGUGUUCUACAACUGACUUUCAUGAACAAUGAACCAUUCGGGAAGUGGAAAACGUCAGGCGAAGGUUUUGGAAGAAAACUAUUGGGACUGCAGUGUCUGCACGUAUAGAAAUACCGCAGAAGCAUUUAAGUGCCUCAUGUGUGACGUCCGUAAAGGAACUUCUACGCGGAAACCCCGCAUUAAUCCCCAACUUGUAGCACAACAGGUUGCACAGCAACAAUACGUACCACUUUUAAAACCAGGAAAAAAGGAAGGUGGAAGUGGGGGUAGUACAACUAGUAGUGGUAAAGAAAAAGAUCGUAAAUUGGACAAACCAAGACGUAAAAAUAGGCAUCCACCCCGUCUCAAAAAUAUAGAUCGUAGUACAGCCCAGACCAAUGAAGUGACAGUAAAUAAUGUUACUGUCGUUAUUACAGAAUAUAAGCCCAAAGUGAAAAAAAGUUCAGAUCAAUCUGGUUUAUCUAGUAGUGCUUCUUCUGAAAAUGGAAGUCAGCAUGAUUCUAAUCAAGACUCUAGAAGUCUGGAUAUAGGAACAGAUGCUUAGCUCAGUGCUAUAUCACAUAUGUGUAUGAAUUAAUCUAAUUAAUAUAUUAUAUAAUGUUACAUAACAUUCAAUGAGGUCAGAUGUUUUAUGCUAUCAGUGGAAUCAUUGAAUUAUGUCUUCAAUAUAAUCUAAGAAAUAUGUCAUAUAAUGUUGCUACAUACUGAUCAAAAUCGUCUGUUUCAAUGACAGUAAUCUUGACAUCUAAAAGCAACAGCAAAAAUAAUUUUAUUUAUGCAACUUUGGAUAUUACUUAUUCUACUUAAUAUUAUAUAUAUAUAUAUUGACUGUAAAAAUGCAUUAUAUGCCUUAAUAUGGCAAAUGGAAUUUGAUACAUUCAUUGUUGACAUAACAAUGUCCACGUGACUUUCAUUGAAUCUAUAACACCACUGCCAGAAAGCAUGUUGUAAGAUUAUUGUUAAUUAGAAUAUUUUAACGAACUCAUUUAUGUAUAAUAUGAGGUAUUUAACUUGUUAUUUAAUAAUGACUAUGA